GCAGCGUUGUAUUAUUUUAGCUUUUUUUGCGUCGGAAAGAUGAGCAUUACGAUUUCCCAGGCCGAGCGCGAGUCGUAUCACCAGCACUUUACCCAAGCGGGCCCUAUCAACGGGAAGCUUCCAGAUGGCCGCUUCUGAUGAGCCUUUACAGAACAAGAACUGCGGUGCUAACUACCCCGGUCUUGUGACGGGCUUUUUGGACUUUGACGAGUACUGCAUAGCAAUCAAAAUAGUAUACUCUAUACUGGGCCACUCGCUGCCCGGCGUGCCACGGACGCUGCCGCCGACGCUUGUCCCAUCGACCAAGGCGCAGUAUCUAGCAGGAGCCAGCAACACCAUGUACAGCCCACCGCCUGCAGCAUCCAUGUCACCGCCCGCGCAGCAGGGGCCAGCCACGCUCGAGUGGUACGUGCCCGAGAACGACCGUGCACAGUACCAGGGGAUCUUUAAUCAGCGCUCGCACGGAGGAUCAACAGUGCGCAUGCUCGACGUGGACGAGUUCCUGAACUCGAUUGGAAUACCCCGCCACACGGUGACGCAGGUGUGGGGACUGAUUGAUGUGCGCAAGUACCAGCAGCUCAACCAGCAGCAGUUCAUAUAUUUGCUUCAUGUCCUGAGUGCGUGCCGGAACGGCGCACCGGUGCCUGCAACGCUGCCACCGGCAAUCAAAGACAAUAUUUACAAGUCACUGAGCCUGGACUCGGCUACGGGAGGCCAGGGCGCGAGCACCCAUGGAUACCGGUACGGCAAGUCGUCGUCGUCGUCGCCAGGCUAUGCAUCGCAGGCCGGUGGAAACUCAAAGAAACCCGGCCUGUAUGGGGAGAAAUCAGGGAAUGUGGCCCUGGCGGACAGCUACCUGUCGAAGCUCAAGACCUCGUCGACAUUCAAGAACGAGGCUGGAUCUCGGUAUGCAUCUUCAAGCAAGAACGCCGAGGAGGAGCGGAAGCUACGGGCUGAGCUUGACGAUCUCGACCAGGAGCUGGAGAAGCUGAAGGCUGAGCAAUCGCGAGGAGCCAUCAAGUCGCAGGAAGAGGAGCUGCAGAACAGCACAGUCAAGGAGCUCGAGGAGCUGCGGGCAUUCAAGUUGAAUGAGAAAAAGGAGGCUGAGAAUCCGUCGGUGUCCCUGGAGGGGUCGACGGGCGAGUCCCUGCAGGACCUGAAGCAGUCGGUGUUCGAUCUGGAAGGCCGCUUUGCGUUCCUGCAGGCAGAGAAGAAAGCAAUUGAGGAGUUUAUCCGAACGGGCAAGCAGGAACUGAUCGAUCUGCAGAUGGAGCAGAUGGACUUGAAAUAGGCGAACCUUUUAAGCUACUAGUAUGCGAAACAGCGACGUUGUACUCCAGAUAAUAAACCAAUAGAUCCGCG